GCACUACAUGCGCCCGCGCCUCUUUCCGCCCGCCCAGUCGCCGUCCGCCCUUCAUCACUCGCGCAUCUUACUCGCAGGACAAACCGAGUUUCACUAGACAUAUGGAAGGAUCUAUAUUGCAUUAAUAAUGUCAUUCAGAAAUUAUUACGAAACUUCAUCAUACGGCAGAAACCGAGAUAUAGGUAGAAAUGCGAGCACUUCUACAGAGAGAGCGGCUACUGUUACAGCAAAGUACACAACAACUCCUUCCUAUAAAUCUUCAAGUAUACCCAUAGUAAAUGACCGCUCUGCUCGAGAAGAAACUCCAAUAUCAGCAAUCGCAAACCGGUAUGCAAGCUACAGUAAAACAGCUACCGAAAAAGCUUCUCCCAAAUAUGAAAAAAAAGAUUAUUCACUCAAGCUUUCAGUACCUACAAUUAAUACAAAUAAAAGCAGAGAUGUCAGUCCGGUUUCCACAACAUCAAAAUACUGUCUUAGUAGAACUUCACGUCAUUCUAGUCCUGAUAGAAGAACCAUAAAAACUUUUAAAGAAAAACGUCACGAUAGUCCUGUUGAACGCGAUAAAGACAUUCCAAAUAAGACUGAUAAGACCUCGAAUUAUAGUGGUGUGUCAAAUUACAAGCUCUAUCCCCGUGCUUCAUCUUAUACAAGACCAUCACCCCGUUCCGAAGUAAAGCCAGAAGUGAAUGUUAAUCGUUACGCAAUUGGAAAUCGUUUAUCUACAUCGAGUUAUCUGAGGAGCCCCACUCCCAUAAAACGUCCCUCUGUGUCGCCAGUUAACGUAAUUGAUAUAAAUAAAACUGAAAAUCUUAAAACCUCAUUGUCAAAUGUUGUGGUCGAGGAAGAUAGUCAGAAGGAGGUUGUUAAUGAUGAAUGUUUAUUAAAUGGAUCUGACUUAGUUAUAGAGCCAAAUGAAGGUAUUGAAACUGUUACAGUUGUCACACGGCAUACUUCCCCUACGCCACCAGGUUCGUCUACUUAUGUGAGAAUGAGAAGGGCAGAUAUGGCCAAAACAAUAGAAAAAAUAAUUUCACGUCCAAAGAAAAGACCCCCGUUGGUAGAUAAAGAAAUGCAAUCGGAUAGGCUGGAUGAUCCAACUCGAUCGAGUCGAUUUGGUAGCACUAGUAGAACUAGUAUGACAAAUUGGACAUAUUACUCACCUAAUGUUAAUAGUUACACCGGUUACGCAGGAAGAUAUUCAACGCAGUAUUCCAAUCUACGAGAAAGUAAUGCUAACUCUUAUGAUAGAAGUAGUCGAAGUAGAAGCAAGGAACCAAUAGAAAACAAAAUAUUAGGCUCGCAAACUGAACAUGAAAAAGUUAACGACGGAAAAACUUCUAGUGAUGCAACAGAAUUUGAGGAAAAGAAUAAUGAAAAUAAGAAUGAGGAUACCUCUGAAAUAAUAAUUAAUGUUAACCUCACAUUAAAACAGACACGAAGUUCUUCUGCUGUGUCCUCGUCAGAGUUAAUAUCUCCAGAAAUCACAAUAACUAAUAGUCACCAGUUACCUCCCCAACCUCCUAAAUCAGAAAAUAGUAAUAAACUUAAGAAAAGUAAGGUCCGAAAAUCUAGUACAGACUCUUCUUCUGAUUCAUCAUCUAAAAAGGUUGUUAAAAAAAGAACUAAAUCAGCAAGUUCUACAGGUUCAGAACAAAGUACCGAAAAACUUCAAAAGUCGAAAGUUUCCAAGAAUAUAAACAAUACAAAAACGUCUAGCGACUUACAAAAAGGUCCAUUAAAAUUAAAAUAUUCGAAAUGUAGGGAGAAUAAUAGUCCAGAAACAAGUGUAACCCUAUCGACUCAAUCAUCAAUUAGUGAAGAUGAAAAUACAUCUAAGUCCAACAUAAAAGACAGUAUUAGAAAUUCAAAAGGGGAAAUCUCAUUAUCACAGACUGAGCAAAUGUUAAAACAACUACCACAAAAUAAAAAUGAAGGAACGGAAGACGCCAAAUCCUUUUUGAUUCGAGCUUUAGCACCGGUAACAAAUCUUUUUAAAUUGAGACAUCAAGAUAAUACGGAAUGUGGUCGCAAAGAGAAUUCUGAUGCAGACUUCAAAGAAUCUGUUAAUAUAAAAAACGAAAAUAGCAAAUCAAAAAAUAAUACCAAAAACAUUAUUGUAUCCAAUGAAGAUGAAUUCGUCACGUUAAAAGGAAUACGACAUGUAGAAUCAGGUGAGCGUUCAAGGUGGCUGGAAUCAGAUUUCGAAAAUAAAAGUUGCAAUGUGGAACAAGACCGAAAUCAGGAAAAUUAUUCUGAAAACAAAAUUUCGGACUCAAACAAUUUUAAGAGAACUUUAAAAUCAAAUUGUUUUCCAGAUGAUGAGAAACCAUGGUGGCUAGAUAGCAGUGCUAAUAUUCCAGAGGGUAUUGAGAGAUUGACUCCUCCUAGAAAAUCUUCUAGUGAUAGCGAUAAAAGUGAAAAAUUUUAUCAUUUUAAAAUUCGACAAAUAGAUUCCGGUGAGAUAAAAGAUUGGUGGUCUAAUAGCGAUCAAACUACUAGUAGUAAUAAACAAGAACUACCAAAUGGUAUCAAAUUAAGCAAAUCUGGUUCCGAUCAAAAAACCUUCCCAAUAAAACGAAUUCGACAUGUUGAAUCUGGUGAGAGACCUUGGUGGUUAUCUAGCGAAAAGAAUAUUCCCGAAGGCAUUGAAAAGUUGCCAACACCACCACCUCAAGAAGAUAGUGAUUCUUCAGAUUCUGACGAAGUUCAAGUAUACAUACCGCCUAGUCAGAUGCCUCCAUUCCCUUUGCACAUUCCCGAUGACGAACCACUCGGUGCAAGGAGGAGCCCAGAAGGAUUGGAAACUCCAAAAGAAAGUGAGGAUUAUCGACUCGGUAGAAGCUCAAGUCCUUAUGAAAAUAGUAGGAUAUUCCGAAGAGGUAUUUCAAAUAUACCGUACCAGAAAGGCUCCGAGAAAUACAUAUCACGUUAUACGGAUAUUGACGACAUAUUGGGUACUUCGGGCCAGAUUUACAGCCCAUUCAUGGAUUCCAUAUUAGCGCGUAGAACCGGUCAGGUAUCUUUUGACGAUGACGAAUGUCAAGAGAUAGACCCUACCCAAGUGAGAAUCCAUGACAGCACCGCACAGAUGCCCGUUAUCAAGAAGCUACGUUGCAGAAGUGAAAUUAUUGAUUACCGAGUCGAAGAUCAGCUGGACGAUGCUACAUUGCAAGUUUUCAAAGACGGUGACUACGGACCGUAUUUGGACCUUGAUUCGACUCUCGGAGAGCAAGAUGAAGAACUUGAAGGAUUACAAGAGAGCCGCAAAAAUUCUUUGGUGCUACGUACGCAACUCUCUGUUCGAGUCCAUGCUAUUAUUGAGAGGCUGCUCCACUCCCAGGGUCGGGAACUCCGGCGGGCAUUAUUCACCCUUAAGCAGAUCCUGCAAUCAGACAAGGAUCUGGUACAUGAAUUCGUUGCUAAUAAAGGCCUGGAUUGCCUUAUGCAAGUUGCCAAUAUGGCAGAUCAUAACUACUUGGAUUAUAUAUUGAGGGCUCUUGGACAGAUUCUUCUCUAUGUGGAUGGAAUGCAUGGUGUGAUGAAUCACAAGCGCUGUAUUCAAUGGCUGUAUUCACUCAUAUCUAGCAAAUUAAGGCACGUCGUCAAGACAGCUCUGAAACUCCUCUUAGUUUUCGUUGAAUAUACCGAAAAGAACUGCCUUCUCUUUAUUGAGGCAAUCGUGGCCGUUGACACUUCCAACGCUAGGCAACCGUGGUACAACGUGAUGAAAAUUCUUCAGGACUUCGAUGCUUCUGACACCGAAUUGCUCAUCUACGUGACAACUUUAAUCAACAGAUGUUUGAAUAACAUCCCCGAUAGAGAUCUGUAUUAUGAUCAAGUUGAUUCCCUGCAGGAUCAGGGGAUCGAUGACAUUAUACAGUUAUAUAUGUCCAAGCAAGGAACGGACCUAGAUUUGUUACGUCAGUUGCAGAUAUUCGAAGCUGUACUUCUUUAUGAGGACGGUGACGAAACGGGUACAGCCCUCAAGCAACUUGAUGAGUCUGUGAUAACAUCUUUACGAAAGAGGAGUCAUAAUCUAAGCACAACAACAAGAAGAAAGUCAAAGAAACAGGAAGAGAGGGAAAAAGGCAACCAAAGAUUUACAACUGGUUUAAAGCAAAGAAUACAAAAUGGAACGCUAGGUCAUAGUGUAAACACAGCGGACUCUCUCGUUGCAAUGCGGCAGAAACAAAUAGAUGUUAAUCCCGAGCCCAAGGAUGACAGGGAGAUACUGUUAAAUAGAGAACACAGUAUUAAGGAUAUCGCUCAAAGACUCACCAGCCCUUUGAAUUCAGCCACAGACGAAAAACCUAUCAGAGUAUCUGAUAUGGCUGGGAUUGUUUCAAAAGCCAAAGAGGAAUUAGCCAAAUCUAAGUCAAAAGAGAUCAUAAAAAGUCCUACUAUAGAAAAAUCCCCAAAGGUACAUGAGAUUAAAGUAUCAGAAAACGAUUUGCACUGGGAAGAAUUAAAGAAAGGCUGUCUAAAUCGUGAAUUCCACUUGUGCGACUUGGACUUUUCCGAUCUGCGACAUGAUUCCGACGACGAAAUGGAAUGUCAUCAGCUUCAACGAGUGUGUGCUUCUAAUGGACCACCACCUCCUCCUCCCAGUAUGCUACCCCCUAUGAACCUGCCCCCACCGCCGCCAACUAAUUUCCCUACUUUGCCAAAAAAUACAUCAAAUCCUCCAACUGAGACAGACUCAGCUAAUUCCACUUUAAAGAAGAAUAAAAAGACUGUGAAAUUGUUUUGGAGAGAGAUUCAGGAGGUACCUGUUCCGGCUCCAGUAAAAACCAAAAUUGGAGGAUCCAUUUGGGACGAUCUUCCCCAAGUCGCCUUAGAUACAAACAUGUUGGAACAUCUUUUUGAAUCUAGGUCUAAUGAUCUCAUUAUAAAGGUUAGUAAAAACAUUUAUUAAAUUUUGUCUUUUUAA